AUGUCCAAGUCCAAGGGAAAAGGGAGGUCCAAGAGAGGCGAGAAGCCCCUGACCUACACGUCAAGCACACAAGCAGAGUACCAAGACAUGAUGUCCACCUUCCCGCUGGAGACCCCAGGAUACACGCCAGACACGUCCGUGGCGGCCGGGUCCUCAUCGGCGGGGACGACGCCGCAGACGGCGUCGUCCCACGACGAGGGCGGCGUCAUAAGAAACCCGGCCAUCGAGUCCUCAGAGUCGAUUGAGCUGUCUGGUCCCAUGGAGGUUGACGGCUCCGUCAAGUCCGGGGGCUCGGUAGCCUUCUACGGUGACUUUUCAGUCCGCGAGAGGAUCGAGGCCUACGGAGACAUCGCCCUCCAGGGCAACAUGACGUGCAAUGACAGAGUAAAGACUAUGGGAAGCAUGAGGGUCACCGGAGAUGCCCUCUUCAGGUCAGUAUGAAUACUACGUGGAUUCUCGCGUGUGCCGAAGCAAGGAAUAUCUGACCAGAACAAAACGACACAAAAUAGGAGCAAAGUUGAAGUGUACGGCACUCUGGAAAUCGUCGGCAACGUCGAGAUAGCCGACACCAUCGAAGUAUGGGGUGCUGUGAGCAUCCAUGGACAUCUAAAAUGCAGGACACUCGUUGCGUAUUCAUCGGUGACAACGGUCGGCGACGAGUCAAGCUACGAGGCUGAGGAAGGGGAAACGAUUUGGGGUGCCAGGAUGAUUAAACGUUAUCAGAUCUAAGACCAAGGUGAGGGACCUGGCAGGAAUACGGCGUUUACUUUUGUCUUUUUGUUUCCAUAGGUUGUUUGUACAGAUCUUGUAGAUUUGCCUAGAGUCAUGCGAAAUAGACAUACAUUGAAGAUUUCCCA